AUGGCCGAAGUGUCGACGAAGCACUACAGUCAUUUUGAAAAUUUUUUCGUAAACAUAAAUUCAUCAACUCAUGGUUCGUUUCAUGGAUUGUUAUUUGGAAUUGAUAAUGUGGCGUCGAUCUCUGUAUUGUAUCACCGUUUAUUACAACAUAGUACGCUUAGAGGUUACCCUGCUUUUCGUCAAUCUCUGGAAGCUGAGUUAAAGUGGUUUGAGGGCUUUGUCACCUCUUCGCAGUUGCUUAACAGAAGCGGAAGUGAUCUGGAGAUACGAAGAUUUUUGCCUCAACAUCAAUACUUGAAAGUCACUGAGUACGAUCGUGGGCAUGGCUUAAAUAACAUUCGCACCAUGUAUGCGUUGGCUUUAAUGUAUGGACGUGCCACACAUCGCAUCGUGGUUUUACCCGAUGUCAUUAUGGCAUUCUGCCAUUUGCUACCCACACUGAAUCGAGAAAUGCAACCACUCGAACUCACUUUCAUCAAUAUUACCGAACUGUUUGAUAUCGACGCUAUGAAUGCUGUCGACCCAAGUCACUACCGUGUAAAACUGCAGUCUCAGCUACCCGAGUUGAUGAGGAAUGCUUCUUUUGGUCAUCUUGCCUGGGAUACAGUCAACAUAUUUGGCACCUCCUUCCGGCCAUGGAAAACGUGGACUGACACACGUACUAUUAAUUUUAUUGCAAAGUAUCCUGGUGUAUUACUAACGACUCCGUAUUUUUUUUGUGACGCCUACGAUAAAAAAACCGAAAGUUAUCGGCUAGAAGCGAACAGUGUGUUUCGCUGGUCACCAUGGCUUAACCGCACCAUCACUAACAUAUAUCGCUCCAUUCGUCAAACAUAUCAUCACCAAAAAAUCGUAUCGAUUCAUAUGCGAUUCGAGCCGAUCUAUGGGGUCAUCGCACGAGCAUAUAUCGAUCGAUUGACUGCUAUCGCUGAUUAUUUACGUGCACACGGCUAUGAUCAUCGCAAGUGUAUAUUAUUCUUAGCAGGAGGCAAUAUUAAUGAGCAGAUGAUCACCGUCCUGCGUUCGCAUCAUCACUAUACCAUCGUUCGCAAAGAACAGUUCCUUCCAAGAGAUUGGGAACCUCCUUUAUGGUCAAAAUAUUUAAGUAUGAAAGCCUCAGCAAUUGAUUUUGAGCUAUGUGUGCUAAGUGAUCUAUUCGUAGGCACCAGCGAAUCAUCAUUUUCGAUGUUAGUCGCUGCUCAACGAAAAAUGUCACAUAAAAUUCAACUCAGUUAUGAUUAUGCCAAUAGAUCCGAAAUGUGCCUUCACAACAAACCUUGCUUCUAUUAUUGUUAA